CACAAUGUGAAGAGCAAGAGAAGACAACCAGAAGACAGAAAAAGCUGCCAACAGAUACCUCUCAGAAAUGGCAGAGAGUUGGGGAAAUGAUGCUUAUGCAGCCAGGCGACAUAACCAAGAGACAACGAGAGAAUCUUCUUUCACCUACACCAAUAGCAAUAACACCAAAGAUCCCUUUGAGGGCCCCAACUACCACAUUGCUCCAAGAUGGGUGUACAAUGUCUCAACACUUUGGAUGAUCAUGGUGGUCAUCCUCUCAGUCUUCACCAAUGGCCUGGUACUGGUGGCCACUGCAAAAUUCAAGAAGCUCCAACACCCUCUCAACUGGAUCUUGGUCAAUCUUGCUAUUGCUGACAUUGGGGAGACACUUUUGGCUAGCACCAUCAGCGUUAUCAACCAGAUUUUUGGCUACUUCAUUCUGGGACACCCAAUGUGUGUCUUUGAGGGAUUCACUGUCUCCACUUGUGGUAUCGCUGCUCUGUGGUCUCUGGCUGUCAUCUCCUGGGAGAGAUGGGUGGUGGUGUGCAAGCCCUUUGGAAGUGUCAAGUUUGAUGCCAAAUGGGCUAUGGGAGGCAUUAUCUUCUCCUGGGUCUGGGCUGCUUUCUGGUGUGCUCCCCCCAUCUUUGGCUGGAGCAGGUACUGGCCUCAUGGCCUGAAGACUUCAUGUGGACCUGAUGUCUUCGGAGGCAAUGAGGAUCCUGGAGUCAAGUCCUACAUGAUAGUUCUCAUGAUUACGUGCUGCUUCCUCCCCCUGUUCGUGAUCAUCUUCUGCUACAUCUUUGUUUGGCUGGCCAUCCGUGCUGUUGCCGCACAGCAGAAAGACUCUGAGUCAACACAGAAAGCUGAGAAGGAAGUGUCCAGGAUGGUUGUUGUCAUGAUUAUAGCUUACUGUGUAUGCUGGGGACCUUAUACCUGCUUUGCCUGCUUUGCUGCGGCUAACCCUGGGUAUGCUUUCCACCCUCUGGCUGCCGCAGUCCCUGCCUACUUUGCCAAGAGCGCCACCAUCUACAAUCCAGUUAUAUAUGUCUUCAUGAACAAACAGUUCCGUUCUUGCAUCAUGCAGCUCUUUGGCAAGGCAGAAGAUGAUGGCUCUGAAGUGUCUACAUCAAAAACAGAGGUUUCCUCUGUUGCACCCGCAUAAACUCUCCCUAUUCAUCAAACUGAUCUGGAAACAGACAUGUAUGAAAGGAACAAAAAUGAACUUCUCUACAUGGAACUUGUAUGUAUGUUUUGCUGCCAUGUAUUUAAUCUAUUUCCAAAAGCUAGUACAGCCUCAAAACAUCCUCUGAAUCAAUGUUGAUCUGGGGAGAAUUGUACAUAUUAAUUUGUAAAUUGUUUAUAGUACACUGAGAAUUGAACAUUCAUAUAAAAUUGUU